CUGGCCUGUUUCUCCACCUGUUCCCGCCACUCAUGGCUCCGGGGGUCACUUCACGAGCACAAGGACAGAACAGAUAACUUUUUGUACGUUCCAGAGUCUGUCCGGUGCCAAGCAGCCAUGAACCUCCGUCUAUUGGGACCUGGAGCCCUGGUUCUGUUCGCGGUCCUUGUAACCGGUAAGUCCUUUGAAGUGUUAACAAGUUUGUUUUUUCUUGUGAGCAUAUUGGCUAGACUUUUUUGUUCAAUUAGGGCUAUUUAUUCCCAAAAUAACGUUGAUACUCCAACAUGUUGUAUUGAAAGUAGCCUAUAUUUUCAGUAGCCGAUGCCUAAUUGUAGCCUAAAAGUGAGUUAUGACCAGUAUUAGGCCAAUGAUUUACUACACACACUCGUUCAAUGUCCAAGACUUCUUAUAACCUUUUACUGCAGUGGGCUAAAUCAGGGUCACACAGAGUGUUUCUUGGUAGUCUUAAACAAAUCUACUUUGAAACAAAAGUAUACACCUCACACACAUGGUUAUGGGCUUUAAAAAAAGACACCUGUACCAUGUCAGAUAUAGAGUUAAAAUGUAUUACAUUUUGAGUUUGCAUCUCAAUAUUACCCUUUAUAUACUGUACAUCACAGAAGACUGAAAUAUAACAAAACUUUUACAUAGAAACACUGGAUUUUCAUUGUUUAUUUUAUUUAUCUAUGUUUAUUAAUUAUGAAAAAUAUGAAUAACAUUCGACCCAUGAGGCCACCAGGUCAUUUGACUGCAGGAAAGGGCUACUCCAUUGGAUUGAGGCUACUAUGUGGGCUAUUUAAUACAAGUAGUCUAUUAUUAUUCAAUCCUAUGAAUAUUGCUGUUCGUAGCCUAUAAUGAAUGUAUCUGUGCAUUGACUCGUCCGUGUGUGUGUGUGUGUGUGUGUGUGUUUGUGUGUGUAUCAGAGUGCUUGGCCAGGAAUGAGGAAGAGCGGUUGAUUCAACACCUGUUUAAGGAGAAGGCUUACAACAAGGACCUCCGGCCUGUAGAAAAACAGGGCGACGCUGUCGUUGUCUACAUCGCCCUCACACUCUCUAACCUCAUCUCUCUGGUAUGACCACUCUGUGUGUGUGUCAAUGUGUUUCUGACUGGUAUGCGUUUGUGUGGUGUUUCUGGGCCCUCUGCCCCCCUGUGUGUGUGUUAUUAAUAGCCCAGUCUGAUCCUCAUGGAUGGAUGUCACAGAGAGGGCCAUGAUCCAGUCAGCCUGAACUACCUGGAGAAUGUAGAAAAACAGACACUGCCUGGUCUCUAGUAACUCUCUCUCGCUCUCUCCGUAGAAAGAGGUAACUGAGACUCUGCUGACCAAUGUGUGGAUGGAACAUGUGAGUAUAUUCUUCUGCUUUACUUCAACCAGUUGAUCUUCAAAUCAAAUCAAAUCAAAUUGUAUUGGUCACAUGCGCCGAAUACAACAGGUGCAGACAUCACAGUGAAAUGCUUACUUACAGUCCUUAACCAACAGUGCAUUUAUUUUUAACAAAAAAAGUAAAAAUAAAACAACAACAAAAAAAGUGUUGAGAAAAAAAAGAGCAGAAGUAAAAUAAAAUAACAGUAGGGAGGCUAUAUAUACAGGGGGGUACCGUUGCAGAGUCAAUGUGCGGGGGCACCGGCUAGUUGAGGUAGUUGAGGUCUUAUCACUGUGUAUCUCUAUAAAUAUAAUACAUCUAUAACAGUUUCCUAUUCACAGACACGCUCACAUUAUUCACUGUGUGUGUCCAGGGCUGGUAUGACACCAGGCUGUCUUGGAACACCACUGAGUUUGAUGACAUCGAUGUCCUGCGUCUCCCGCCCAGCAUGGUGUGGCUGCCGGAGAUCGUCUUAGAGAACAAGUAACACACACUCAUCUUCUCUGUGUCUGUUCUGCUUUCUCUCUCCCCUGUCUUACAAUCCCCAGUUCCAGACGGUUUACUACUCUAAUAUAUUGAUGUGUGUGUGUGUCAGUAACGAUGCCCAGUUCCAGGUGGCGUACUACUGUAACGUGUUGAUCAAUCCUGAUGGCUAUGUGUACUGGCUGCCUCCAGCCAUCUUCAGAUCCUCCUGUGCCAUCAACGUCAACUACUUCCCCUUCGACUGGCAGAACUGCAGCCUCAAGUUCACGUAAGACAGGGUCUGACCCCCCCCCCCCCCCCCCCCCCCACACACACACACCCAAACGCACACACACAUACACACAAAAGCACACACAAACGCAGGCAUGCACACACACACAUGUAAAACUCUGUUUCCCGUGAUGCAGCUCCCUGACCUACAAUGCUAAGGAGAUCACCAUGCUGCUGAAAGAGGAGCCGGAAGAUGACAAGUCCUACAAGGUGGAGUGGAUUAUCAUAGACCCUGCAGGGUUCACAGGUACACACACACUGCUGGAUCAUCCAUAAGCCAGCCCAUAGAAAUGCCAGUAUAUAAACCUCUCUUUCACUACUCACUCCCUCUCAUCCCUCCCUCCCCCUAUAGAGAAUGGAGAGUGGGAGAUCAUCCAUAAACCGGCCCGUAGGAACACCUAUAAGAAUAUCCCCAUGGAGAGCAACAAGCACCAGGACAUCACCUUCUAUCUCAUCAUCAAACGCAAACCUCUGUUCUAUAUCGUCAACAUCAUCAUUCCCUGUGUCCUCAUCUCCUUCAUGGCUACACUGGUCUACUACUUACCAGCUGACAGUAAGUAUACCCCUGGCCUUUAUCAUGAACCCUGACCUUACUACCUAACCACCACACUACGUCCACAGUGAUUACCGUGUGUGUGUCUAGGUGGGGAGAAGAUGACUCUGUCCAUCUCGGUGCUGCUGGCUCAGUCUGUGUUCCUGCUGCUGAUCUCACAGAGACUGCCGGAGACCUCCAUGGCUAUACCACUUAUUGUCAAGUAGGACACACACCUUUUCACACCCUUUUUGUAUGUGUUUGUGUUUCAUAGACAUACUGUUUGUGUGGUUGUGUUGCAGACUGUCAGGUACCAGUUGUUUGAUUUUGAUUUAUUAGGAUCCCCAUGUUCAUCAUGGUGUGUUUAUGUGUAUUUGUUUGUGUCUGUGUCAAUGUGUGUGUGUGCAUGCGUGUGUGUUUGUGUGUAGGUAUCUGAUGUUCAUCAUGGUUCUGGUUACGGUGGUGGUGUUGCACUGUGUGGUGGUCCUCAACCUGCACUUCAGGAGCCCCAGUACACAUAUCAUGACAGAGUGGACUAGAAAGGUACACACAGACUACACAUCUGGAACUUCUCUGGACAUUCUGAGUGCAAGGAUGCUGCUGAUGGUCAUUAGUAGCCUACCAAACUUGCUAACUGCCUGGUACUCAGCACUCUAUUGUCCCUCUAAUCACUCUGACAUCAAUGCAAAUGUUUUCGAAAAUCUAAUCAAACACUUCAUGAGAGCCCAUGAGCUCAUGUUGCGCAACAUUUCAAUAGGCUAUGCAAUUGCGCGAGAAAACAGAGUGAUGGCCUGUGCUGAAAAGAGGAGGAUCAGCUUUCUAUAGGCUAGGCCUACUAUAUUUAUUUUUCAACUUUCCUAAUAUUAAGCACACUGCUUAUAUUUACAACAGGAGUAUAGCCUACCUGGCUGGCAUGAAAAUAAACCAUGGGGAAAAGCGUCCUCCAUUUGCUAUUUAAGUGCAUAGAUGACGUAUUUUUUCCCGCUGCCCCUGUUUCGAUACAGGUGCAUGAUAAUGGUCCAUUCUAAAUCAAAACAAAUUUCACACAUAUUAGUUAGUGUAUGUAAAGACAUGAUUAAAUCAAGAAAAGUCUGAUGAGUGACAAUAUUAGCCUAUCACUUGUGAAUUAUAUAUUAUCACUUGUGAAUGAUGCCCAGCAUAAGAAACAAUGCCUUUUUUUAACGACUUUUUCUAAUCAUAGUCGCACACCUAUAUGUUUUAAUAAGAUUUGUAUCACAACUAAAGUGGCCAAAUAACUUCUUAAAAUUAAGCACAUUCAUCCGCUUUACAAGGGGUGUAGAGCCUAACUGGCAUACAUAAGCAGCACAUGCGUUUCAAGUUUGGGGAGGAUAAUUUUCACCAUAUAAAUGCACCUUUAUAAUAAAAGCGUAAUUGCAUUUGCGGUCACUUUUGAUAAUGGUGUUUUCAGCUAAAGUAACAUUCACGAUUAUAGCCUACCACCAUGUGUGCAUUGCUGAGCUUAUAAUGUGAAGAAAUAGCCUAAUAGUUUAUCAACAUUUUAAGCUAAACGUUCUGAUCUGUUACGCAACAGAUCAGAACGUUUAGCUUAAAAUGUUGAUAAACUAUUAGGCUAUUUCUUCACAUUAUAAGCGCAGCAAUGCGCACAGUCACAUUGCGUAAAAAACGUUUUUUGAUGCUAGUGGUUUUAUUAAUUUGGGAUCUAUCACAUCCCACAACUGUCCCAGACUAUGUUUGGAAUUUUAUGUCUCACACAGAAUAGAAUAGGUCGACUUUUGUACUAUGGGGGAUAGUAGAUUGACAUAGGCUAGUGCUUUUGCUGUUCGUUAGGCCUACUCAUCUUGUUGGCUGACGAAAAGUAAAUGUGGACAGUUCUUCCAAUAUCUUCAAUAUGCACCUCGGAAUUGGAUAAGGACGCGCGCAGUUGCGUUCCCGAUGUGUCUGUCUUCACUUGUAGCCUGUGAGAAAGACCUGAUCACGUGAUGGAGCGCGCAGCACUCAGGGAGAAGGGCACACUGGCCACUGACCGCAAAAGGCAUGGAAUUUUUUUAGUGUGCAUUACGGCCACAUAAAGGGGAUGCUGCCGUGAAAUUCGAGGCAUUAUCAAGUGCUUGUCAAAUUGUGAAUGAGUGACUGAUGUAGUGUGUACAGCCUGUGCAAAAAAACUAAGCAGAUCUCAUGCCUUUCAAGCAACUUUUUUCAAAUUAUCAUUAGAGUUGCAUCAUGCAGCCUUACGAUGUAUUAAAAAUCAAAACAUGUAGCCCAAUGUUUGUAGAACAGCUAAAGUUACAUUAAUAACUCUAAAUUAUGCAUAUACAGUUGAAGUCGGAAGUUUACAUACACUUAGGUUGGAGUCAAUAAAACUAGUUUUUCAACCACUCCACAAAUGUCUUGUUAAGAAACUAUAGUUUUGGCAAGUCGGUUAGGACAUCUACUUUGUGCAUGACACAAGUAAUUUUUCCAACAAUUGUUUACAGACAGAAUAUUUCACUUAUAAUUCACUGUAUCACAAUUCCAGUGGGUCAGAAGUUUACAUACACUAAGUUGACUGUGCCUUUAAACAGCUUGGAAAAUUCCAUAAAAUGAUGUCAUUGCUUUAGAAGCUUCUGAUAGGCUAAUUGACAUACUUUGAGUCAAUUGGAGGUGUACCUGUGGAUGUAUUUCAAGGCAUACCUUCAAACUCAGUGCCUCUUUGCUUGACAUCAUGGGAAAAUCAAAAGAAAUCAGCCAAGACCUCAGAAAAAAAAUGGUAGACCUCCACAAGUCUGGUUCAUCCUUGGAAGCAAUUUAUAGAACUGUUUGGCCAUAAUGACCAUUGCUAUGUUUGGAGGAAAAAGGGGGUUGCUUGCAAGCCGAAGAACACCAUCCCGACCAUGAAGCACGGGGGUGGCAGCGUCAUGCUGUGGGGGUGCAUUGCUGCAGGAGGGACUGGUGCACUUCACAAAAUAGAUGGCAUCAUGAGGAAGGAAAAUAUGUGGAUAUAUUGAAGCAACAUCUCAAGACAUCAGUCAGGAAGUUAAAGCUUGGUCGCAAAUGGGUCUUCCAAAUGGACAAUGACCCCAAGCAUACUUCCAAAGUUGUGGCAAAAUGGCUUAAGGACAACAAAGUCAAGGUAUUGGAGUGGCCAUCACAAAGCCCUGACCUCAAUCCUAUAGAAAAUGUGUGGGCAGAACUGAAAAAGCGUGUUCGAGCAAGGAGGCCUACAAACCUGACUCAGUUACACAAGCUCUGUCAGGAGGAAUGGGCCAAAAUUCACCCAACUUAUUGUGUGAAGCUUGUGGGAGGCUACCCGAAACGUUUGACCCAAGUUAAACAAUUUAAAGGCAAUGCUACCAAAUACUAAUUGAGUGUAUGUAAACUUCUGACCCACUGGGAAUGUGAUGAAAGAAGUAAAAGCUUAAAUAAAUAAUUCUCUCUACUAUUAUUCUGACAUUUCACAUUCUUAAAAUAUAGUGGUGAUCCUAACUGACCUAAAACAGGGAAUUUUUACUAGGAUUAAAUGUCAGGAAUUUUGAAAAACUGAGUUUAAAUGUAUUUGGCUAAGGUGUAUGUAAACUUCCGACUUCAACUGUAGGAAUACCUAUUUCUUUGUUAACCGCUCAGCACAGAAUAGCCGCAUGUGCGCACUCCCUCAAAUCGUUUGGAGAAAAUAUCCUUUCUAUUUAUUCAGCUUUGUUCAAUUGUAUUCUUCAUACUAUAAAAUAAUGCCACGGAAUUCUAAGCAAAUCUCGUCUGCUAAAUGAACUAGUGUAGCCCACAGCCAUUUGGCAUACCCAGAUCAGGACCUAACAUAAGGACAACUGAGAGUAUGCUAUUCUGUUCUUCUGAAAUAGACUACAUUUUCUUCAUAUCAUGCUUCUUUAGACCUGUCUAAAUAAAUAAUGGUUUUAUUAGACUAAAAUGUAGAUGUUCCAAAGGUCAGCAUCAGUGGCUUGUAGGCUAUGUAUGGAAGCCAGGAGAUGCAAAAUGUGUUUAUGUUAAUUCAUGGUCAAUUACCGUGAGACUGACAGUUAUUUGCUUGACAAUCACCGGCGGACUAAAUUUCGUGACCGCCACAGCCCUACCUGCAACUGCAAUUUAAACUCAAAUGUGAUUUGGUUUUGUGUAUGUGUCUGUGUCCUCUCAUCCACUAGUUCUUCCUGGAGAGGUUGCCCCGCCUGCUGCGAAUGUCCCGCCCUGCAGAGUCAGAGUCUAGCUGGGAGGGGGUGUUGCCAAGGCGAUCUAGCUCCAUUGGUUACAUCGCUAAGGCGGAGGAGUACUACAGCGUGAAGUCACGCAGCGAGCUGAUGUUUGAGAAACAGUCUGAGAGACAUGGGCUGGCCACACGGACUACACCUGCUGCAGGUACACAGAGUAGACACACACAUAUAGGCACAGAGAACAUACACAUUCUGUAGCGUGAAUGUUAUGUACGGGAAGGUACAGUUGAAGUCGGAAGUUUACAUACACCUUAGCCAAAUACAUUUAAGCUCAGUUUUUCACAAUUCCUGACACAUAAUCCUAGUAGAAAUUCCCUGUCUUACUUUAUUUUAAUAAUGUGAAAUGUCAGAAUAAUAAUAUAAUAUAAUAUGCCAUUUAGCAGACGCUUUUAUCCAAAGCGACUUACAGUCAUGCGUGCAUACAUUUUUGUGUAUGGGUGGUCCCGGGGAUCGAACCCACUACCUUGGCGUUACAAGCGCCGUGCUCUACCAGCUGAGCUACAGAGGACCACCUUCAAACUCAGUGCCUCUUUGCUUGACAUCAUGGGAAAAUCAAAAGAAAUCAGCCAAGACCUCAGAAAAAAAAUUGUAGACCUCCACAAGUCUAGUAGAGAGAAUUAUUUAUUUCAGCUUUUAUUUCUUUCAUCACAUUCCCAGUGGGUCAGAAGUUUACAUACACUCAAUUAGUAUUUGGUAGCAUUGCCUUUAAAUUGUUUAACUUGGGUCAAACGUUUCGGGUAGCCUUCCACAAGCUUCCCACAAUAAGUUGGGUGAAUUUUGGCUCAUUCCUCCUGACAGAGCUAGUGUAACUGAGUCAGGUUUGUAGGCCUCCUUGCUCGCACACGCUUUUUCAGUUCUGCCCACACAUUUUCUAUAGGAUUGAGGUCAGGGCUUUGUGAUGGCCACUCCAAUACCUUGACUUUGUUGUCCUUAAGCCAUUUUGCCACAACUUUGGAAGUAUGCUUGGGGUCAUUGUCCAUUUGGAAGACCCAUUUGCGACCAAGCUUUAACUUCCUGACUCAUGUCUUGAGAUGUUGCUUCAAUAUAUCCACAUAAUUUUCCUUCCUCAUGAUGCCAUCUAUUUUGUGAAGUUGACCAGUCCCUCCUGCAGCAAAGCACCCCCACAGCAUGAUGCUGCCACCCCCGUGCUUCACGGUUGGGAUGAUGUUCUUCGGCUUGCAAGAACCCCCUUUUUCCUCCAAACAUAACAAUGGUCAUUAUGGCCAAACAGUUAUAUUUUUGUUUCAUCAGACCAGAGGACAUUUCUCCAAAAAGUACGAUCUUUGUCCCCAUGUGCAGUUGCAAACCGUAGUCUGGCUUUUUUAUGGCGGUUUUGGAGCAGUGGCUUCUUCCUUGCUGAGCAGCCUUUCAGGUUAUGUCGAUAUAGGACUCGUUUUACUGUUGAUAUAGAUACUUUUGUACCUGUUUCCUCCAGCAUCUUCACAAGGUCCUUUGCUGUUGUUCUGGGAUUGAUUUGUACUUUUCGCACCAAAGUACGUUCAUCUCUAGGAGACAGAACGCGUCUCCUUCCUGAGCAGUAUGACGGCUGCGUGGUCCCAUGGUGUUUAUACUUGCGUACUAUUGUUUGUACAGAUGAACGUGGUACCUUCAGGCAUUUGGAAAUUGCUUCCAAGGAUGAACCAGACUUGUGGAGGUCUACAAUUUUUUUUCUGAGGUCUUGGCUGAUUUUCUUUUGAUUUUCCCAUGAUGUCAAGCAAAGAGGCACUGAGUUUGAAGGUAGGCCUUGAAAUACAUCCACAGGUACACCUCCAAAUGACUCAAAUGAUGUCAAUUAGCCUAUCAGAAGCUUCUAAAGCCAUGCCAUCAUUUUUCUGUCAUUUUCCAAGCUGUUUAAAGGCACAGUCAACUUAGUGUAUGUAAACUUCUGACCCACUGGAAUUGUGAUACAGUGAAUUAUAAGUGAAAUAAUCUGUCUGUAAACAAUUGUUGGAAAAACUACCUGCAUCAUUCACAAAGUAGAUGUCCUAACCGACUUGCCAAAACUAUAGUUUGUUAACAAGAAAUUUGUGGAGUGGUUGAAAAAUGAGUUUUAAUGACUUCAACCUAAGUGUAUGUAAACUUCUGACUUCAACUGUAUAUGAUUCCUUACUUUGUGUGCGUGUAGCGGUGAAGCCCCAGUCAGAUGGAGAGGUGACAGAGCAGCUGUACUCUGAGAUGAAGCCUGGUGUGGAUGGAGCCAACUACAUCGUCAAACACAUGCAUGACAAGAAUGACUACAAUGAGGUGAGAGAGGAGGGGGGAGAUGGAGAGAAAGAGGGGGUGGGGGGAGGGGGGAGGGGGAGAAAGGAGGGAGGGAGGCACAGAACACAAGAUAGAAUACAAUACGUUAUUCAUGUUAAACUCCCCAGUGGGACUUGGGUCUGGAACAAAGACUUCAGUCACUUGUGUGUUAGUGUGUCAUUAUGGCUCAACAAAGGUGAUCAUGACAUACAUGAAUGCACUGCUUGUUGACCCCCCCCCUCUUCUCGCCUCCUCCCUGCUCCCUCCUGUAGGAGAAGGAUAACUGGAGUGGAAUAGCUCGUACGGUGGACCGUCUGUGUCUGUUCCUGGUCACCCCAGUCAUGACAGCAGGCACCAUCAUCAUCUUCCUCAUGGGUAUCUACAACCACCCUCCGCCCCUGCCCUUCGAGGGAGACCCCUACACCUACCUGGAGGAGAACAAACGCUACAUCUGAUACACACCAACGCUUACACACACUCACACACAUGUGAAGCGCGGUUCCGCUGUUUGUUCAUCUGCACCCACCCACAAUUGCUAAUAACCCAUCCGUAAUCGCCCGACUAUAUGUGAUAAAGUGAACAUCUGAGGCCUGCACCCGACCCCUAACCCUCUAAUAUAGAACAUGCGCUGUAGGCCUACAGUCAGAUGGCGGAACAAUUUUUUUGACAGGCCUUUCCUUAGAUAGGCCUAUGUUUCUGCUUAUCAUUUCUGACAUUUUGGUAAGUUAUUUGUUAGUCAACUUGUUUACCAUUAGAUAGGCCUACAUGCAGCUUCUCUACUGUCAUUACUAGUUGCCCUAGAAUACUAAAUUAACCCUUUACCAGAAUGAUGUCAUAAAUCCAUAGAAUGAAUGCCUCAGUCUAGUUGACAUCGGUAAUGUUUGUUUUCUCUUUCAUCUCUGCUUCUCUCGCAGCAAAGACAUGUAGGGCCUGGGGAGAAACAAAAAAACUAACUGUUUGACAGGUUUUUAGGAAAUUAUAAGCUGUUAAAUAGACCCAACAUGUUUUUGAUGAGAUUUCAGUUCGGCUUGGAUGCAUAUUUUAUGUGAUUGAAAUGCUAUCAGCUUUUAUGAGGCUGAUAAAGAUCGCACCGCCACCUUCACAGACAUUCCCUAACAGUGCAUUCAUUCUCUCAAGAUGCUGAAAAAAAUACAGUGCAUUCGGAAAGUAUUCAGACCCCUUGACUUUUUCCACAUUUUGUUACAUUACAGCCUUAUUCUAAAAUUGAUUCAAUAGUUUUUUCCCCUCAUCAAUCUACACACAAUACCCCAUAAUGACAAAGCAAAAUAGGUUUUUAGAAAUGUUUGCAAAAAAACCAAACAGAAAUAUUACAUUUACAUAAGUAUUCUGACCCUUUACUCAGUACUUUGUUGAAGCACCUUUGGCAGCGAUUACAGCCUCGAUUCUUCUUGGGUAUGAUGGUACAAGCUUGGCACACCUGUAUUUGGGGAGUUUCUCCCAUUCUUCUCUGCAGAUCCUCUCAAGCUCUGUCCGGUGGGAUGGGGAGCGUCGCUGCACAGCUAUUUUCAGGUCUCUCCAGAGAUGUUCCGGGCUCUGGCUGGGCCACUCAAAGACAUUCAGAGACUUGUCCCACUCCUGCGUUGUCUUGGCUGUGUACUUAGGGUUGUUGACCUGUUAGAAGUUGAACCUUCGCCCCAGUCUGAGGUCCUGAGCUCUCUGGAGCAGGUUUUCAUCAAGGAUCUCUCUGUACUUUGCUCAGUUCAUAUUUACCUCUAUCCUGACUAGUCUCUCAGUCCCUGCCGCUGAACAACAUCCCCACAGCAUGAUGCUGCCACCACCAUGCUUCACUAUAGGGAUGAUGCCAGGUUUCCUCCAGAUGUGACGCUUAGCAUUCAGACCAAAGAGUUCAAUCUUGGUUUCAUCAGACCAGAGAAUCUUGUUUCUCACGGUCAGAGUCCUUUAGGUGCCUUUUGGCAAACUCCAAGCGUGCUGUCAUGUGCCUUUUACUGAGGAGUGGCUUCCAUCUGGCCACUCUAUUAUAAAGGCCUGAUUGGUGGAGUGCUGCAGAGAUGGUUGUCCUUCUGGAAGGUUCUCCCAUCUCUACUGAGGAACUCUGCAGCUCUGUCAGAGUGACCAUCAGGUUCUUGGUCACCUACCUGACCAAGGCCCUUCUCCCCCAAUUUCUCAGUUUGGCCGGGCGGCCAGCUCUAGGAAGAGUCUUGGUGGUUCCAAACUUCUUCCAUUUAAGAAUGAUGGAGGCCACUAUGUUCUUGGGGACCUUCAAUGUUUCCGAAGUUCUUUGGGUACCCUUACCAAGAUCUGUGCCUCGGCACAAUCCUGUCUUGGAGCUCUACGGACAAUUCCUUCGACCUCAUGGCUUGGUUUUUGCUCUGACAUGCACUGUCAACUGUGGGACCUUAUAUAGACAAGUGUGUGUCUUUCCAAAUCAUGUCCAAUCAAUUGAAUUUACCAUAGGUGGACUCCAAUCAAGUUGUAGAAACAUCUCAAGGAUGAUCAAUGGGAACAGGAUGCACCUGAGCUCAAUUUCGAGGCUCAUAGCAAAGGAUCUGAAUAUUAUGUAAAUAAGGUAUUUAUAUUUCUUAUUUUAUUUUACAUUUCCUAAAAUCUCUAAAAACCUCUUUUCACUUAGUCAAUAUGGGUUAUUGUGUGUAGAUUGAUGAGAACAUUUUAGAAUGAAGUCUGUAACGUAACAAAAUGUGGAGAAAGUCAAGCGGUCUGAAUACUUUCCGAAUGCACUGUACAUCCUAUUUCUCUACUCCUGUUCCCGAGUCAAAAUGUUGUGUAUAAUUUUACUGCAUGAAAUUCUUAAUUCUGCAGGACUUAAUAUUAUAUAAGGCUAUGUGGGAGGUUAUAGACCUACAGUCAGAGUCCAGAUUUCAGUUAGGCUACUAUUCCAUUUAACCCAUCUGAACAGUACAGUUGCCUUCACAUGCCAUUUGGAAAUAUCUGUAUUGUGACUGUCGAAUUUGUAUAGAGGCUCACACUGCUGUCAUCCUCUUUUACCACUUUACCAACAUUUUCCCAAACGUUAGACUACUGUUCUGGCCCUCCCUUCUAUUUAUUUUCAACUCUCUAUUUCGCAGCUUUUCUCUUAUUGAAUUAAACUCCGACAUUGUCCUUUUUGCCUCAGUGGAUCUACGUUAACUUUUUAUGCCCAAGUUCCCAAAAGAAGUUCGCAAUUGGCGUGUAGGCCUAUUUGGCGCUCUAUAGUUAGGCCCUAAAGUUUAGGCUACACACUAACAGCAGAUACAAGUUAUUAAAUAAAAACAUAUAUGUAGCCUAUAGAUAUGAAUGUUAAUGCAUUGUUUUCUCAUUAUUCAACCCACCAGCCACCAACCCGCGCUUCAUCCAUACAAUAUUUCCUGACCCUAAUCCCGCCGCUCCGUGUAUAUAACUGCAGGUUGAGUCAACCACGCAUCACUAACAUACGCAUGCGCACACACUCACAGACACAUAAAUGCCAUGCUACAGCCAAUAAAAACAUUUGUUGUCUUUCCUAUAAGGCUCAGUCACUCUGGGUUGACGGCCUGGGUUCUACAGUUGAAGUCGGAAGUUUACAUACACUUCGUUUUGGCAAGUCGGUUAGGACAGCUACUUUGUGCAUGACACAAGUAAUUUUUCCAACAAUUGUUUACAGACAGAUUAUUUCACUUAUAAUUCACUGUAUCACAAUUCCAGCGGGUCAGAAGUUUACAUACACUAAGUUGCCUGUGCCUUUUAAACAGCUUGGAAUAUUCCAGGAAAUGAUGUCAUGGCUUUAGAAGCAUCUGAUAGGCUAAUUGACAUCAUUUGAGUCAAUUGGAGGUGUACCUGUGGAUGUAUUUCAAGGCCUACCUUCAAACUCAGUGCCUCUUUGCUUGACAUGAUGGGAAAAAUAAAAUAAAAAAUCAGCCAAGACCUCAGAAAAAAGAUUGUAGACCUCCACAAGUCUGGUUCAUCCUUGGGAGCAAUUUCCAAAUGCCUGAAGGUACCACGUUCAUCUGUACAAACAAUAGUACGCAAGUAUAAACACCAUGGGACCACGCAGCCGUCAUACCACUCUGGAAGGAGACGCGUCUCCUAGAGAUGAACGUACUUUGGUGCGUAAAGUGCAAAUCAAUCCCAGAACAACAGCAAAGGACCUUGUGAAGAUGCUGGAGGAAACAGGAACAAAAGUAUCUAUAUCCACAGUAAAACAAGUCCUAUAUCGACAUAACCUGAAAGGCCGCUCAGCAAGGAAGAAGCCACUGCUCCAAAACCACCAUAAAAAAGCCAGACUACGGUUUGCAACUGCACAUGCGGACAAAGAUCUUACUUUUUGGAGAAAUGUCCUCUUGUCUGAUGAAACAAAUAUAUAACUGUUUGGCCAUAAUGACCAUUGUUAUAUUUGGAGGAAAAAGGGGGACGCUUGCAAGCCGAAGAACACCAUCCCAACCAUGAAGCAUGGGGUUGGCAGCAUCAUGCUGUGGGGGUGCUUUGCUGCAGGAGGGACUGGUGCACUUCACAAAAUAGAUGGCAUCAUGAGGAAGGAAAAUAAUGUGGAUAUAUUGAAGCAACAUCUCAAGACAUCAGUCAGGAAGUUAAAGCUUGGUCGCAAAUGGGUCUUCCAAAUGGACAAUGACCCCAAGCAUACUUCCAAAGUUGUGGCAAAAUGGCUUAAGGACAACAAAGUCAAGGUAUUGGAGUGGCCAUCACAAAGCCCUGACCUCAAUCCUAUAUAAAAUGUGUUGGCAGAACUGAAAAAGCGUGUGCGAGCAAGGAGGCCUACAAACCUGACUCAGUUACACCAGCUCUGUCAGGAGGAAUGGGCCAAAAUUCACCCAACUUAUUGUGGGAAGCUUGUGGGAGGCUAGCCGAAACGUUUGACCCAAGUUAAACAAUUUAAAGGCAAUGCAACCAAAUACUAAUUGAGUGUAUGUAAACGUCUGACCCACUACGAAUGUGAUGAAUGAAAUAAAAGCUGAAAUAAAUUAUUCUCUCUACUAUAAUUCUGACAUUUCACAUUCUUAAAAUAAAGUGGUGAUCCUAACUGACGUAAAACAGGGAAUUUUUACUAGGAUUAAAUGUCAGGAAUUGUGAAAAACUGAGUUUAAAUGUAUUUGGCUAAGGUGUAUGUAAACUUCAGACUUAAACUGUAUGUGUGGUCUUUAGCCGCCUAGCUAUACUUAUUUUACUUAGAAUUUUCCCUGGGUAGUGUCUGAGCAAUUUGGAUUUACUUGACUGUUUCUGACUGAUAUACGUGUGUGUUUUUAAUAAAUAUUUACAACUGACACACUGUUGUGUGUUUAGAAAAAGCGAUUUGCCUAUUAUAUCUGUAUUCAGUGUGGUAUUUAUCAUGCGAAGGAGAGGUUGUAAGGCCACUAGGUGGCGAUGUUCAGCUGUCUUUUACUAGAGCUGUUUCAGGGUAGGGACCAGGAAAUCAGGAGAACACUGCAUUCACCUUGCCCUGUGGACUCUACCAGUCCUAGAACAUGCCAUUCAGACUCUAUAAUGCACCAACAACCUUUCAGAGACUGGUGCAGUGGUUGGUACCUUGGAGACCAGGCAAAUGACUACUCACUGAUCCAAAUGAGGUGGAAAAUGAGCGGUUGGGGUUGAGGAGGCAGUGUAAAAGACAAUCCUCUUUGUUUGCCUCCUGAACCCCAACCUCCCAUUUUGAUUUACAUAUUUAAUACAAUUGGGCCACUCAUCUCUGCCUUGGCAAAAUGUCAGUGAUCUCCUCAAACCACGUUGCAUUUUGGAGCGUAGGCUAUAGGGUCUUAUUCUGGUGACAUGAUCAUCAAUGCUUGGCUGCUUUUUGACAAAUAAAAAUAAUCUCCCUAUUUUUUGUCCAUAAUAAUCUCAUCAUGUAGGCUAUAUGUGUGUUCUAGCCAACAGUGCGCAGAUACCUGUUGCUCUGUUGGCAAGAGCACACAUGCCAAUACCAGAGUGGGCACACUCGCUAUAUAACACCCAUUGUUUUUGUUAGAAAACCAUCAGUAGAGGAAAAAAAUGUGAUAGAAACCCAUUUAACAUUUUAACCCAUUUAACCACAAAAGGUAUUUUAAUGUGCACUAUGUCAUCACGCACAGCCUUUUAUCUGCAACAAGUCAAUUUGAUGGAAACACAUCUCUGGUGGGAAAAAGCACAUAUUGUUUUUAUAUUCUGAUUUUUGAAUAUUCGUAUGAAAAUCUGUCGCCAAUUGGAUGGAAACCUAGCUUGUGUUUUCUUGUCUCAGCCUUAGGCCUAUAUAUCACGGUGGCAAGGCAUAUGAACUAACAUUAUAGAGCAAACAACGCAACUAUCACAACACAGGAUGUAAUAUUCCUUUUUUGGGGGAAGCCUGGCUUCCCUUGGCAUUCAUGAAUACACACCACUGCUGCAAAGACAUGUAUUACAGCAAAUUGGUUAAAUAAGGACAUUCUUACUAUGGAAGAGUGGGCUUGUAGAGUGAAAUAAAUGUAUUUAAUGGAAAAGAUCACCGAUAAAAUAAAACUGCAGACUCAUUAGUCCCGAAGCAACC